UGGUGUGCCGCGCUGUUUGGGGCCCCAAGAUCGCUUCCGAAUGCGACAAGUUGCUCCCCAAAGUGGCCCGAUACUAACAUGAGACGGCCCACAAUGCCCUGAAGACGGCCUCCGUAGCCAUUUUGGCUCGAGGUGGUAGCAAGAGCGCUGCAGACAUUCUGCCGGCCGAGCAAGUGGCUGACUGACUGCCACAUUCUCCCGCAAGAUGGCAUUCGUCAAGGUUCUCAAGAACAAGGCCUACUUCAAGCGGUUCCAGGUCAAGAAGCGCCGCAGGCGUGAAGGCAAGACUGAUUUCCAUGCUCGCUGCAAGAUGGUGCGGCAGGACAAGAACAAGUUCAACAAUAAGAAGUACCGGUUCAUCGUGCGCAUAACCAACAGCAGGGUCAUCUGCCAGGUCGCAUACGCCACCAUCCGUGGUGACAUGAUAGUUGCUGCAGCGAGCAGUCACGAGCUUGCCAAGUACGGAAUUCCUGCUGGCUACAAGAACUACGCGGCUUGCUACUGCACUGGAUUGCUCGCUGCACGCCGCGUGCUCAAGAGCAUGGGGCUUGACGAGACCUUCAAGGGUAAGGAGGAGAUUGAUGGCGAGGAAUACCACGUUGAGGAUGAGGAGAACGAGAGGCGUCCACUCAAGUGCAUCUUGGACGUGGGGCUGAGGCGCACCUGCGCAGGCGCGCGCAUGUGGGGCGCGUUGAAGGGCGCCGUCGAUGGUGGUCUCCACAUCCCCCACAGCACCAAGAACUUCCCCGGGUACAAGGCACCCGACGAGAAGGGGCAGGACCCAGAGUACGACGCGGAAGCGCACAAGGACCGCAUCUUCGGCGGGCACGUCAAAGAGUACAUGGAGAUGCUUGCGGAAGAGGACCCGACGAAAUACGAAGCUCACUUCGCCAAGUACAUUGAGGCUGACAUUGACGCGGACAAGCUCGAGGACAUGUACAGCGAUGCGCAUGACAAGAUCAAGGAGGACCCUUCCCCAGAAGAGAAAGAGAAGAAGGACGUAAGCCACGAUCACAAGGGCAACAAGGUCACCAGCUCCGACGGCACCGAGCACGUCCGCAGUGUGAAGUUGUCGCUGAAGCAGCGCCGCGAGAAGGUGGCCGCGAAGAUUCAGGCCGCGCAGGCGCGCAUGCUGGCGGCAGAAGAUUGAGGUGGCGUUGCAAGUUGAGGCCCAGCCUGUUGACCCGGAGAACAGUCGGUGGUGCUGGAGGGUGGAGGGAAAAGAUGCCCAGAAGACGGCCGAAGUGCAUUCAGAGGCGGCUCAGCAAGGCUCUGGGGACCUCCGUGGCGACCCAAGAGUGGUCCAGGGUAUCGCCCCAGAGGAUCCGGAGAGACGCGACUCACCGAUUUGCUGCAGGUGCUCGAGGGAUUACAUCGUUGCCGCCUUCCGUCCUUGGGAGAGCCCACGGCGGCCAGGAGGAGCUCCUUUUGCAUCGGUAUGCGAUGAUUCACACCACGGGCUCCUCUCAAAGGCAG